AUGAAUCGAAAAACUUUAGAUGAUUUCAUUAGCUUUGAUAAUGCUGUAACUAUAUUAACUCGCAAUUUUAGAAGAGGAGAGGAUAUAGAUAUAUUCCAAAUUGGCGAAGAGGGAAGACUAAUGUAUGAACAGAAUAAAGAAGAAUUGAGUGUUUAUCUAAAACAGGCAACUAAUGAGGAAUUAGAUGAAAAGUUAAACGAAUUCUCUAUGAAUGAGUUGCAAAAUAUAUACACGAAAGAAGACUGUAUAAGCCUCAUUUUCGAGCUUCAUAAUUUUCAUCAGUUACAUUCCAUACCAUUUGACAAUACUAAAGAGCUUUGGAAGUUACAAAAGCGUGUUGUAAAGGAUCUCAAUUACUAUGUCAAAAGAAAUAAGUUAUAUUUCAGUGAAUACUUUGAUUGUUAUGCACAUUUGAGUUUCUUUCUUCGAAUGAAAGUUCCGGUGAUUGAAAUUAAUAAAAAUCCAUCAUCUGAUAAUAGGCACCAUAAGUUUAAAGCACUAGUAGGAAACUUUUUUCCGAAAUCAUCCUUGAUCAAUUAUAUAAUGCCCGGUGAUUCUUCAUUUAGAAUUGAAAUGUCAGUGCUUGAAGAUUUUCAAUAUGCUCCUGAGUACCCAAAAAAUAAUAAGGAGUAUCUGGAACUGGAUAUAAGUGAUUAUUUUAUGACAAAUAUAAUAAAGCCUGUUUGUCGGCUUUUACCAGAAAAUGUUUCCUAUCAUCGAGAACAGCUGCAAAAGCUUUAUACGAGGUCAGUACCAGAUAUUUCCAUCAACAGUGAUGACCAGGUUAUUCCCAUAGAAUUAAAAAAGUUUUCCUUUAGCAAAUAUUUAGAUAAUGAUCAAGAAAGAAGAAUUCGGUUUAACGAAUCGUUCAGCCAGGUCCUACGCCAUUGUCUUUCCACAAAGAAUUUGGUGGGUAUCUUAAGCAACUAUAAGGAGAUAGUCGCAAUCGAUUUUACUAAUUCUUCUCCCCUGGAAGAUUAUUUUCAUUUAAAAAAAUGCAAAAUUUUGAGGCAAUUGUCAUGUGAAAUGAUCAAAUUGGCCAAUCCUUUACAAGUCCUUAUGUUUAUUAGGACUUGCAUUAGUAAUCCUAAUCAAGAAGAAGAGGCAGCUGCUCUUCUUGACAGGUUAAAACUUCAGUCCAGCAAAAGGAAAAUGGUAAUAAACCAUUUAUAUUAUCAUUUAUGCCAUUUUAUACAAAGUUUAGUUGAAAUUGUAAACAAGGAGAAAGAUCUUAUACCUUCUCAGAUAGACCCACAUAGUACGGAACAACCAUCUAAAGAAUAUGCUAAAUUAGCAAAACAGAUUUACGAUGAAGUCUACAGCAUCAAUAAAUUAGAUAUAAAAAAUAUGUUAAAAAUUGCCCAACAGAUUCGUCGUUUGGAUAGAAUAUUUAAUAACACAUUGUCUAUAGAAGGUGUACAGGAGAAAAUACCAUUAGCAUGGAACCAAAUUAUUUCAGGUGCUAAGUUUGGUACUAGGAACUCUAUAGUCGUUAAGACUAAAAUUGGUGGCACCGAUUCAGUUAUCAAAAUCUUUGAUCCAAUACGCACCACAUCAUUCACUUUGACCAACGGGAAUGCUCGUGAUAGUUUGGCCAUUUGCCUAACAAAUAUGAUUAAAGAAGUUGCAAGUCUUCACAUUCUUAGGAAGCAUCCUUUCAUUCCAAAGAUAACUGGCAUUGGAUUUAUAGAUAAUAUUAAUGAAGAAUUCGUCUCUGAAUUAAGUAUUGAAAAUCCGGUAGUUUGUGGCUUCUAUUAUACAUAUGAUUUUAUUGAAGGUCAAAUGCUCUCUGAAUUAACGUUGCAACAGAAACAAUUCCUUGAGCCUACAAUUCGAAGUAUGAUAGAUCAAAUAAAUAGUGAAGGCAUUGCACAUUUAGACUUGAAUGAUUCGAACAUUAUAGUUGAAGACUAUGAUGCUAGAAAAGUCCACAUAAUUGAUUUCGGCCACUCGUACAUGGAUUGGGAAAGAACAUAUUAUUGGCCAGCUGAUAGACCUGGUGGUAAACGUGAAAAACCUAAGCUGCCAACAGUUUUCAGUGAAAUGUUAUCAAUAGAUGAAGAGGCCCAAAAUAGAAUCUUUUCUAGAACAAAUGCAAAGCCCUUAAAUGAGUGUCAACGGAGGAAUAAGUUGGCUCGGUUGAGUUUGUAA